AUGGCUGUUCCUAAAGAAACGUUCGGGAGAGUGGAAGAAACUUUUCUGUUACCGAAUGUUGUUAGAGAUAAGAAGGCGAGAGCCUGUGACUGCUGCGAUAAGAAGCAGGCACAAUGGUUCUGCGCCGCGGACGAUGCUUUUCUUUGCCAGUCUUGCGACACUUCUGUUCACUCAGCGAAUGCUCUCGCUGGCCGGCACGUGAGAGUUCGUUUGAAGAAUACAUCUCCUUUGCAAGAAGCUGCAACGUGGCAUCAGGGGUUCACUCGUAAACCUAGGACUCCACGUGGAUCUGGUAAGAAGAAUAAUUUGUCGACUUUUCAUGGUUUGGUUCCCGAGAUUAGUGUGGAGGAUCAGACGGAUAGGGACAGCUCUGAGGUUGAAGAGCUGGUGAUCUGUCGAGUGCCGGUUCUUGAUCCAAUGGUGGUUGAGACAAAGAUCGAGUUACCUAGUGUUGUAAUGAUCGAUGAUCAGGAGGAGGAUAAAGACAACGCUGAGAGUUAUCUAAAUGGUUUUUUGCCCACCGACGUGGAGCUUGAGGACUUCGCUGCUGACGUGGAGAUUCUACUCGGUGGAGGGGUAGACACAGAUUCUUGUACAAUGGAGGAAGUGGGAUUAUCUGAUACAGAAAUGUUUGAAGUAAAACAAGACGAGUUAGAGGAAGAGGCAGAAGAAGAAACAAAAGGCAUGAACAUGGACAUGGACAUAGGAAUAAGCGAUGGUGAUCAGGACGACACAUACGAAGAAGAUGUAAUAGAUAAUGUUGAAAGUAGUGGGGAAUGUGUUAAGGUGAAGGAGGGGAAGGAGCAAGAGAAUGUUUUAAUGUUGAGAUUAAACUACGAUUUGGUUAUAUCAACUUGGGGAGGCCAAGGUCUACCGUGGACAUCAGGAGAGCCACCAGAAGUAGACUUAAACAUCAGUGGUUCACCAGUUGUGUCUAUGGGGAAAAAUGGAGGAGAAAGUCAUGAGAAGCAUUACGUGGGUCGAGGUGUACCCUCAAGUGGGGUUAGGGAUGGAGGAAGAGAAGCUAAAGUGUUGAGGUACAGAGAAAAGAGGAGGAAGAGAUUGUUUUCGAAGAAGAUAAGGUACGAGGUACGUAGACUGAAUGCAGAGCAAAGACCUCGCUUGAAAGGAAGAUUCGUUAAGAGAGCUUCACUUGCUGCUAAUUCUACUGAAAAUUCACAUUAGGUGUGUGAAUUACUGAAUAUUCUUGUAAUAUAUCUCAAUUUACUUUUUUCGGCAAAAAAAUUAAGAGUUUUGUUGAACUUUCUUCUUCUGCAACAAAACUUUUUUUUUUUUUUUUUGCAUUUAGUUGUGCUUUUAUUGCAAGAGAACCAGUAAUAUGAGUUUCUUGUAUGGAUAUAACUGAUGUAUAUUAUCUAGUGAUAAGAAUGUUAAAGCGC